AUGGUUCCGGGUCUGCUUGUCUUUGCGGUUCAGAUCUUUGUUCUAGGCUUCAGUCUCAUCAUACUCUGGCGUCGAUUCUUUUCACCCAUCAAAACGGUCCCAGGACCGUUUCUCGCUUCAGUCUCCCGCUUCUGGCAUCUCCACCACAUCAUCAAGGGAGAUCAGAAUCUGCAGUUGAUCAAUCUCCAUGACAAGUAUGGUCACUUUGUCCGUAUAGCUCACAAUGAAGUGGGCGUCAGCCAUCCGGAUGGGAUCAAGAAGAUUUUGCUAGCCCCCCUGCACAAAGCAAGCUGGUACAAAUUCCUCUCGAUCCCUGAUUACCGCUAUCAGACACCCAUGUCUACAACCGAUCCGAAGAAGAAGGUGGAACGGUCAAGGCACUUCGCAGCCGGGUAUACAAUGAGCAAUCUCCUACAGACCGAGGAUUCCAUUGGCAGCGUGAUCGACCAGUUCUUGGCCUGGCUUGACAGGUCUGCCGAAUCCAAGAAGGCCGUCCACCUUGACAAAUAUUUGACCUUCACUGCCUUCGACAUUGCCGGCGAGGUACUUUUCUCCAAACGGUUUGGUUUUCUGAAGGAGGGGCGCGAUGUAGGGAACGCCAUCGGCAAUAGCCUGAUGCUAAACCUCUACGCUUCGACCAUGGGUUUCUUUCGCUGGAUUCACGUAAUCCUGAUUGGUAACCCCUUCAUGACGUCCCUAAACGUCUUGCCCUCCGGUCACAUUUUUGAUACAACUGUUCGCGCUCUGGACGACCGUCUCAACAAUCGUGACAGGAACAGAUUCGAUGUGGUCGAUCACUGGCUCAAGGCCAUGGAAAAGAACCCUGGCCAGGUGUUGCUGCGGGAUGUCUACGCUGCUGCAACUGGAGCAAUGGGUGCUGCAAGCGAUACUAUUUCUUGUGCUCUCCAGUCAUUUGUUUACUUUAUGAAUCGUCAUCCGAACGCCUGGGAGCGGGUCCGUGGGGAGAUUGAAGAGGCACAGCGAACACAGGGUCUCUGUCGGGACCGUGUCCUUGCAUCAAAAGAAGCUCUCCGUGUCUUUGGUCCUGUUUCCAUGACGUUGCCUCGGCUCGCUCCACCAGGCGGACUGACCAUCGGCAGUAAGCACUUUCCGGAGGGCACCAUCCUGUCUAUUAAUCCGUGGGUGAUGCAUCACUCCAGGGAACUUUGGGGUUCCGAUGCGCGAGAGUUCAACCCUGAUCGGUGGUUGAAAGACGACGCGGGAGAGCUGGAUAGGUAUUUCAUGCCGUGGGGGCAGGGGUACAAUUCUUGCCCAGGCCAGCAUAUUGCCCGCAUAGAGUUGUCCAAGAUCACGGCAACCCUGGUAGGGGAUUAUAAUAUCAGGCAAGUGGAUAAGAAUCAGGACUGGCAAUGGAAGGCAUACUUCACAGUCGUUCCGCAUUCUUGGCCCUGCUAUAUUGAAAGACGAGCGGGCAAUGAACUGAGUUCAUGGUGA